AGCAUUUUGGCUCUCACCUUUGGCAACCUGUGACUCGUGUGGAAGCCAUGUCGUCCCGAGGUUUGCUCUUGGCAGCCUGCUGCGCCUCAGCCUGGGCCUGCACGAACAGCGGAGACUUCGACCAGGCGGCCUUCACUACAUCCUUGUAUGGCGGCUCCUUCGGUGGCAUGGCGCUGGCCUUGGUCAUGCUGAUCCUGGUUUCCUUGCCGCUGUGCUGCGGGGUCUUGAAGCAGUACGGCAAGAUCAUCGCCACCGUGGCCAUCGUGCUGGGCAUCUUCUCCCUCAUCAUUCCGGCUUUCGGGUCCAUGGGCGCUUGCGUGCCCUUUGUGGAUGCCAUUUGCCAGGAGCGCUGCAGUGGCUACGAGUGCACGCAAGAUGAGAAGGACGCCAUGGGAAGUGUGUGCAACGCGCUGGGCAUCUUUGUCGUGUACCUCGGAGCCUUCGGCUGGGCCGCCGUUGUCCUUGGCAUCGUGGCCAGCGCGCUGGGGUGCUGCGUGUGCUGCGGCUGCUGCCAGGCCAAGAUGGACGAGCCGGCGCCUGGGGCGGCACCCGGGGCGCCGCCCGUGGUGGUGGGGGAGCCUAUGGAGCCAAAUGGAGGGCUGAGGUUCAAAUGAGACGUGGACUCCAUGUCGGCCGAUGUAUGAGGGUCCAAGGUUGGAAGGGCCGGCCGAACGGACCUGGUCUCGAAUCCGUUGGUUUGGGGUCCAGGUUUGGUUCUGCCUGCUUUUCCGUUCCUUGAGUCUUGCCAGCUGCAAGGGUAGAACCCAUGCCUUCACCAGUCUGCCCAAAGGGUAUGGCUGUGCCUUGCAUUGACCGGAUACUGGGCACCUGCCCUGCAUCCAUUGCUGAGCACAACAAGCUAGCCGUGUGCAACACACACGACUUGGCAUUUGAACGAUGUUUGUUUGCCACUGCUGCAUGCAACGGCAAAAAUGGAAGAUUGGUUCGGUUGGGACUCUGGAUGCC